AUGCCUCCGUCAUUACGCACCCCGGUGCCCUCGACGAGCCUACUUCGAUUCCUGCGAUCGCAAACGGAGACGUCGUCAGUGUUCGGCCCGGGCCGGUGUGCUGCUCUUCGACCUGGCCAGGCUCGACCUGCGGCUCAUAACCAACAGUGUCUCGCAAGGAGGACUCCGAGGACGGCUGCGAGAUCGAUUACCACGACCUGCAAGGGACCCGAGUUGCUUCGAACCUCGCCCCGCAGACCCGAGCUCGUCACACUGCGGGCAACUCGCAAGCGCAGUGGCGCAACGAUUGUCUCCUUCAGCACGACAUGCAUGAGGCGCGAUGCCUGCGGUGACGAAUCUUCGGCCCCGCGCCGGACAUGGAAGGAGAGGCUUUGGGGUAUGAAGGGAAGGGGAGGGGCCAAACCGCUACAACCCAAUGACCUCCCUGCUCACGAUGACGGCGAGGCUGGCUCGAUGUUCAACAAUCGCCGAAUCCUAGCCGCAAAAGCUGCACUGGAACCGAGGCUGCGAUGUACUGAGGUCGAUGAGACUGGCGAGGUUAUCCUGGUGGAUGGGGAGUUCAAGAAGACGGAGCUUAUCGCAAAGUACGGCCUUCUGCCUCGUGAUCUGCGAAAGAUCGACUCUUCCAACCUGCCUCACAUUCUAGUCCGCCAAUCGGCGAUUCUCCUCAACCUCUUGCACUUGAAAGUGCUCAUCAAGAAGGACCGCGUGCUGCUCUUCGAUGUAUACGGCUCCAAGACCUCGUACCCGCAGUCGGCCUUCAUGUACGAUCUGCAAGGCAAACUGAAGCAAAAGCAGGCGCACGGCGGCGUCAACGGCCUGCCCUACGAAUUCCGCGCUCUCGAAGCCGUCUUGACAUCCGUCACCUCGGAGCUGGAAGCCGACUUUGAAUCGGUCAGAGACCCCGUCAUCCGUGUCCUCAGCGAGCUGGAGGACGACAUCGACCGGCACAAGCUGCGUAUCCUUCUCAUCCUCUCGAAGCGGGUGAGCACCUUUGAGCAGAAGGCCAAGCUCGUGAGGGACGCCAUCGAGGAGCUGCUGGAGGCUGACGACGAUCUCGCGGCCAUGUACCUAACCGAGAAGGCGCACGAUCUGUACCGCGGCGUGGACGACCACACGGAAGUCGAGCUGCUCUUGGAGUCGUACAACAAGCUUUGCGACGAAAUCGUCCAGGAGGCCCAGAACUUGGUUUCCAGCAUCCGCAACACCGAGGAGAUUAUCCGCGCCAUCCUGGACGCAAACCGCAACUCCCUCAUGUUGCUCGAUCUCAAGUUCUCCGUAGGCACCCUCGGCCUCGCCAUGGGCACCUUCCUCGCGGGCCUCUACGGCAUGAACCUCGAAAACUUCAUCGAGGAGACGAGCUGGGGCUUCGCGGGCGUCACCGCCAUCUCCUGCGGCUUCUCCCUCCUCGUCUGCUGGUACGGUCUCGUCAAGCUCCGCAAGGUCCAGCGCGUCAAGAUGAUGUUUGACGAGCGCGGACCCCUGACCACCCGCAACGCUGGCGCCAGCGGCCCAGCCAGCCGCGGCGGAAGCCAGCACUGGUUCCAGGACGAUGGCGCCGUUGGCCUUCUCGAGGCCCGGAAUCGCGAAAAGUUCAGACGGGUGACAAACCAGAAGGCAGCCGCUGCCAGCUCCAAAACGGCCGCCAAGAAGUCGUGGUUCCAGUAA